AUGAUGACUAAAGCAGCUUUUAAUAGCUUCGCUUGCAGUGUUAUGAAUGAAAUGGACAAUAAAAUUGUUUACAUCAAGAGAAGAAUAAAAAGCAAUUUAAGUUUUAAACUUGAAAAGAUCAAAAAGUUGAUUUAUAAAAGAACAUUAAAAAUUGUUGCAACAGUGAAGACGACACAACAACAUCGUGAAGAGCAAUAA